AACAGAUGGACGCAGCAGGAUUAGUGUUGGCGGCAUUGUUGGUGACGAGUCUCGUGGUGGAGAAGAGUGUUGGGGAGCCGUGCUGCCACCACCACGGCCACCAUCACGGCCGUCCCCUCGCCAUCGGAGCUCUCGCCUUCGCAGGGGGCUACCUAGCGGGUCACCACCACCAGCACCACCACGGCGGCGGCGGCGGCUGCUACAACUGUGGCUGCGGCGGCUGCGGCGGUUCCUGCGGAUGGUGCGGCGGUGGCUCCUACUACGGGAGGAGGCGUCGUAGAAGCAUUGCAGAGUUCGUGGAGGAUGCAAAGGUGCUGGAGUUGUAUGUCAAGAUCGCGGCCGAGGACAAGGACGAGUGCGGCCUCCGCCUGGUGUGCGAGCUGGCGCAGAAGGACCCACGGGAGCUCGCCCAGGACGAGAUACAGAUCCUCCUGCCUUACCGCGGCGCAGGACCGAGUGACGGCAGCGUAUAUGGCACGUACGACGAGGCGGCGUGGCACGGCCAGGAGGGCCACAGCUGCGCCACCAGCUACCCGCUCUGCGCCUUCACCGCGCAGCAGGUCAUGGAUGAAUACAGGAAAUACUCAUCAAAUAACACUGCCAUCACUCUCAACUAAAUCUGACAGGGGAGUCACUACUUUUAAUUGAUUAUUCCAAUUCUGUAAGAUAAGUGAAGAGGUGCCAAUGAAAGUGGGGAGUUUUAUAAAGAAGCUCAAUAAAUAAUUAUCAAUAGAUCUAAAGAAUAACGACGUUUUGUCUCCGGCACAGUUUUUAAUGUACAAUGAUACCUCGCUCUGUUUCAGUAACUGAUGUUACUUUGUUUACAUUAGGCCUUUGUUGAACAGCCUGAUAAAUGAACUGUUAAAUAAACAAUAAAAAACAUU